AUGGAUUCGUUUAUCCUCAGUACUCUAAAAUGUCCUAUAACACUUGAAUUAUUUGUUGAUCCAGUUGUUGCCAAUGAUGGUCAUACUUAUGAACGAUCAGCGAUUAUUAAAUGGGUAAAAAAUCAUAGUAGAACAAGUCCAAUAACUCGUCAAACAAUUAAUAUAGAUCAGUUAAAACCUAAUCGAGUUGUAAAACAAUUAGUUGAUCAAUAUCGUACUAUAUCAACACCACAAAUAGGAAAAGCAUUAAUUCUAUUUUCUGGUAAUGGAACGUUAUUAAAUACAGAACAACAAAUACUUAUCAAAAGAUUAUUUCAAAAUGAAAAAAAAUUUUUAUUAAUAUACAAAGCAAAUGUCAAUGGUUUUGAUUCGGAUGAUUUUCAUCGUUAUUGCGAUAAUCGUGGUGUUACACUUACUUUAAUUCAAAUACAUAAUCGUUUACGUAUAAAAAAACGUGCUUCAAUCUUUGGUGGUUAUACAACAAUACCAUGGUCUUCUCAAUCUGGUUUUUAUCGUGAUCCACAAGCUUUUUUAUUUCUUCUUAAUCAAGAACGUAUUACUCGUUUUAAUUUACGAUCACAAGAUGAAACAGCUGUCUCACAUUAUGCUUCAGCAGGACCCGUUUUUGGUUUAGAUGAUAUUUAUAUUUGUGAUCGACCUAAUGAAAAUAAUUUUAGUUAUUCAAAAUUUCCACAUUCUUAUGAAGAUCUUAAUAAAAAUGGAAAAGGACAAAAAACAUUUUCAAAAUCAAAAUAUUUCUUAGUUGAUGAAAUUGAAGUUUAUAUGGUUAAUAUGUAA